AUGCGCACUCCACGGAUCGUGAUCCUCGUUCUUUGCAUAUCCACGUCCCUCUUCCUCCUUUUCCGCGCGGCGACAGCUUCCAGGACGCCCGCAGCCUCCCGAUACCCCACCAGAGUCCGACCGACCACGUCCGUAUGGGGCCUCAUCUUCUACAACACGCCCUUCUCUCUCUUCCCCCCCAACGCCGCCAUCAGCUUGACCGAUGACAACAGCACCUCCUUCGCGGCCCGGCCUGCUGCCUUUGGGCCCCGGCUGCUGCCCAGCGGCCUGAGCGGCCAGCUGUGGGUUGGAAGCGGCUUCACCGAGGACAGCCUGGACGGCAACGGCGAGCUGGGCUGCAGCGACCUGCCCGGAUGGGAUGCUGCGGGUGCGAAGCAUGUGCUGAAGCCGUCUUUUCACGGAGCUGCGCAGCACGGAGACGUCUCCAAGUCGAGCCGUCGCCCAGGGCGGCCGCGCGGUUCCCUCACUCGGCGAGAUUCCUCUACGUCUUCUCACGCCGAUAUCCAGUCGAUCCAGGAGGGAGCCGAGAUCAAGGGAAAGAUUGUACUGCUGAUGCGCGGAGGCUGCGGGUUCUUGGACAAGGUCAUGUGGGCACAGCGAAGGGGUGCGAUUGGCGUUAUUGUUGGCGACAACAUCAAGGGAGGCCCGCUCAUCCAGAUGUUUGCUCACGGCGACGAGGUCGACGAUGUGACGAUCCCCUCCGUCUUCACAGCCCGGACGACUGCGCAGCUGCUCUCUUCACUGACGCAACCCGGCAGCUUCAUCGAGGACACGCUGGACGACAACGGCAACCCCGUCUUCAAAGUACAACAGGGCUCGAAAGCCAGGAAGAGCAAGAGCCCGGCUUCCAAAAAGAAGACACCAUCCAAGAAGCCCAAGAGCUCAAGCAAGGAAAAGCGAAGCACAAGCGCAAAGAAAAUAGAGGCCGAGGAUCCGCCAAUCAAUUGGUUCUCGCGUCUCUUCAGCUGGGGCACGUCUUCUCGCGGCGUCCACAGCGAAAGCAGACCGCCCAGCAGUGGACAGCUGGACUGGGUCAUGGUGGAAGACUGGAAUGACGAGCAGGAUAGCACCAUCAAGCCCAGCACGGCUAAACCAAAGAAACAGCCAAAGCGACCCAAGGUGGAGGGCGACGACUUUGUGAUUGGGAGCCAUGGCCUCAUCUCGAGAAUAUUCGGCGACGACGAAGAGGGCGGCUCAGAUGACAUUGACGUGGCGGAUGACGAUUAUGAGGACGACGCACCAGAGAAGGACGAAGACCCUGUGCGUCAUGAAGGCCUCUGGGUUACCAUCACGCCGACCAGCAGCGCUAGCCCAUUCUUCGACACUCUGCUUGUGCUUGUCAUCAGCCCCUUGGUGACGCUCUCGAUUGUGUACGCCCUCUUGGUCUUGCGCGCGAGGAUUCGAAGGAGGAGAUGGCGGGCCCCCAAGUCCGUGGUCGAGCGUCUUCCAGUCAGGACCUACCACACCGUUGCCCGCUCGCCCAGCAUGUCUCCCAGAGUGCCUUCUCCGGGCAGCGCAACGCCGACGACGCCGUUGUUGCAGCACAACAACAGUUCCAGCCCGCCCAGGUCGAGACCUCGCUCCAGGACGACCACUGGGGUCUUGGAAAGUGCAAACUUCCUGGCCCCGACUCCCAGUGACCUGUCACUGGCGCCGCAGAACCCUCGCCCUAGCCGCUCAGGGCACGAACGAGGAGCCGUCUCGGCAGAGUGGAAAAAGUACAUGGGAAGGCAGGUGGAAUGCGUCGUCUGCUUGGAGGAGUACAUCGACGGCGUGAGUAGGGUAAUGAGGCUUCCUUGUGGCCACGAAUUUCACGCCGACUGCAUCACCCCUUGGUUGACCACUCGUCGACGAACAUGUCCCAUCUGCAAAGGGGAUGUAGUCCGCUCUUUGGCUCGUGGCUCGUGGGCUGGUCCUCGAUAUGAGCCAUACCGUGACGAUGGCGACGACGAAGACGAUGACGACGACCAGGUAGCCGAAGGCUCGGGAUAUCGAUCCUCCAGCGGCGACGAGGACGUUGAGCAGGGCCUCGCGGAGGCGGAGCCCACGGGGGCGCGUCGAACCAACUGGCAGGACAACCUCUUUGGCAUGUUUCCCAGCGGCAUAGGGGGCAGACGCCGGGCGCGGUCUCCAUCCCCGCCGUCAGAUGAUCUUCGAGUUUGA